AAUGUAUUCCGAUAUAUAGAAAACGUAAAAUAUGUUUAAUUUAUUAUUAUUAAGCGUUUCCGUAGUUUGUUUGGUAAAUUCGGUGAUAUCGCAACAUUCCAAAUGCGCGGCGUGUGUAUCGGACUUGAAAGAAAGUGAUUGUGCAAAAGGAGAAUUUUUAGAGUACGAUUCUAAAGUGUUAUUUGGAUGCUGCCCUGUCUGUCGUCCCGGCUUACCCGUACCUGGCAAGUGCAGGCCCCCCGCCAGCUGUCUGGCUGACGGGAGCUACGCGCCUGUGCAGUGCAAGGGAGAUUUGUUCACGGGGAGAUGUUUCUGCUCCGACCGCAGCGGGAACAGAAUAUUUGGACAAAUGUGGAGACGCCAAGCUAAGAACAUGUCGUGCGCGUGUAGUAGAAGAAGAGCAGAAUUGGAAGCAUCCGAGAAGCGAGCUGUGACGCUCCACUGCACACCUACUGGCGACUACGAGCCUCUACAGUGCGACAACGGCCUCUGCUGGUGUGCGCAACAGAGUGGUCAACCGACGGUACCACCAGUGCUUCAGACAAACAUGAAACUGCUUCCCUGCUACAAUGCUGUCGCCAUGGGUGAAAGUUACCUAAGAAGAUGUGAAAGCGAGGUUCAAGCUUUAGCUGAGAUACACAGGGAGCAGUCGGAACACGGAACUAAUUACUUGAGCAAGUCCUUAACACUCUGCGAUUACGACGGAAGUUAUGGGGCUUAUAAAAUUAAAAGCACAAGUGCCUACUGUACAGGCAGAGACGGUGCCAUUUUAGGAGCAUGGUCGAUUGAAUCAAGCAAGGUAGCCGGAAUUAAUUGCAAUUGUGCCCGCGACACGUCCAUAUACUUCCCGGCCGCCGGGAUGGCAGUGGCGGAGACGUGCGAGAGCAACGGCAACUACAGGACGCACCAGAACAUAGGAGACUAUCGGUACUGCGUGAACUCGGACGGCUACCCGAUCGAUUGCGCUGCAUAAGUAAUGUUGGCAUCGGUUUCGUUCAGACUUAGAAAAUAUUUCACAACUUGCGAUAAGUACGAAAACACGAUCAACUUAACUUUUAACUUUGCUCAUCGGAGUCCGCCAAAUAUGACCCGAGACAUGUCAAAUUUUAGUAAAUAAAACAAAUCAUGAAAAGAUGUACUAUUGUGGAAAAUUGGAAAUACAUUUAAAUUAAAAGAAAAUUGUUAAA